GCUUUUCACAAGGAACUUGGCAUUUAGUCAGACACGCAUCCGGCACCAUUAACAGCAAAUCAGCCCUUUAAAACCGUCCAUCUCCUCGCGAAGGGAGCAAAGUGCUCGCGGACAUUUCGGAAUCACCUCACACGGGACGCAUUUUUAAUUAAUAUAAUUACGCAUUAAUCUAACGGGAAAUGCAAUUGUCGUUUGAGGGAAUUUAACUGAAUAGCCUAUAUCGAUUUUGACACAAAGAAAAAGGUUUUAUUUAUUUGCAUUUUCGAAUGAGCGGAGGUGAGAAGUAAUCUAGAAUGUCUUCGAUGUUUGGGAAAACUAGGACCUCGACUAUGCCGGACCGAGCUGAGUGCAAUGUUGCUGUGUUAGGAAUACGGGGUUCGGGCAAAUCAGCUCUGACCGUGAAGUUUCUCACAAGGCGAUUCAUCAGUGAAUAUGACCCCUACCUGGAGGAUAUAUAUAGUUCGGAAGAGAUUGUCGACCAACAGCCAGUUCUUAUAAAGGUUAUGGACACUGCUGACCAGGACGGACCGCUGAACUGUGAGCGAUACCUGAGCUGGGCCAGCGCCUUCCUGGUGGUCUACAGCAUCGAUGACCGGCGUACUUUCGAGGGCUGCCAGCGGUACCUAGACGUUGUGACGGCCCAUGCCAAGUUGCUGCAGGUGGAUUUGCCCGUCCUCCUGCUGGGGAACAAGCUGGACAUGGAGCGUUACCGGCAGGUCAGCGAGUCCGACGGACGCACCCUGGCCUCCCACUACGACUGCCUGUUCUACGAAGUGUCCGCCUGCCAGGACUUCGUUUCGGUGCAGCGAGUUUUCCACGAGGCCGUGCGAGAGGCGCGGCGGGAUGCUGAAAGGGGUCGGCCCACAAGCCCCCUCUUUAUCAGCGAGGACAGGCCCCCCGCCAGCCCGGCCACUACCCUGCUGCAAGGACCCGGCCCCGGAGAGCUGCCGACACCCGCCAGUGCCAGGGUCGUCCCCGUCAAGUCGUCACGGGCGCAGAGCAAACGCCGGGCGCCCACCCUUACUCUGCUAAAAGGCUUCAGGAUCUUCUGAGCUGGCCGGGGGAGGGGGGUAAAGGUGAUGAGAGAGCCACGGAUGGCGUUUACCUUUGAGGGACAGGACAUACAAGCAAAAGAAUCUGCGAUUUAAGAAAAAAAAAAGACUGCUGGAGACACACCACCCAAAGUGUUUCUUUUUAGUUUGCUCCAGCUGUGCGGACUGAUGCGCACUGUUAGUGAUGCCCCAAAAGAACAGAUUUUGAGUACCCUCUAGUGGUCCAGGACAAUAACUACAGGAAGAGUAAAGAUCGUUCUGUUUGAAACCCUGUUACUGUUUAAUCCAUUUAAAAGCCUGUGGUUCCAGUUCAGCCAGCGGUCAGUGUAACAUAUACAGAGCGCCCCCCGCCCGGCAGAUGGAUUUUUAAUUGAUAUUUUCUUCAUUUUUAUUCUCUUCAGAUUGUCUCAGGCAUAAGUCAUGUUGUUUUUGCAGACCAUAUAUAAAGUACACCAAAAAUAUAACUGAUAAAAUAUUUCAUCUUCAGUAGAGAAGCUAUCAAAGAAAUGUAUUGAUUGUCUAAAUUUGUCAUUAUAUUUACGGGGAAGUAUUCACUGGAAAGAGAAUUCUGUUUAAUUGGAGGAGCAUCUAAAGUAAAUUCAAAAUGAGGAAAAUAAAGGUGAUUAUUUAUGAA